AUGAUAUGCCGGCCAAUCUUGCGGCCAGCCUUGGCUGCUAAUGGCGGCUGCUCGCGAACAGGCGACCAGCUCGCACGAGCUGCACUGUCGCGCAUUUUAGCUUCACAGCCAAUCGCGGGACCUGUCAUCGCCUGCCAAAAGCAAUGGCACAGCACUACCAUUAAGAAAUCGGUUGUGUUACCUGCAGCGAGAAAGCGUGGAAGCGGUCAGCCUGCAUCACCGGUAUCCCGCAUAAUCCCUACCACCGCCUACUCGACGGUUGUAGAGCCGCCAACCACGCCCUAUACCGAACUCACUAUUGGUGUGCCCCGCGAGACGUACGCCAAUGAGCGUCGGGUUGCGCUGACGCCUCAAAAUGUUGCUCUUCUGAGGAAGAAGGGUUUUGGCAACGUCGUCGUUGAGCGUGGUGCUGGUGCACAGGCCGACUUCCUUGACGAGGCAUACGAAAGUGCCGGCGCCACCUUGGUGGAGGCUGGCGGUGUGUGGACUGCUGCUGAUAUCGUGUUGAAAGUGCGUGGUCCAAACAUCACCGAGAUCGAUCGUCUAAAGGAGGGCGCGACAGUCAUCUCCUUCCUGCAGCCUGCUCAGAACAAGGAUUUGGUUGACCGCCUGGCUGCUCGUAAGGUCACGGCGUUCGCCAUGGACAUGAUUCCUCGCAUCUCACGAGCACAGGUCUUUGACGCCUUGAGCUCAAUGGCGAAUAUUGCCGGAUACAAAGCUGUGUUAGAAGCUUCCAACGUCUUUGGCCGUUUCUUGACCGGUCAGGUUACCGCAGCAGGCAAGAUCCCUCCUUGCAAGGUUCUCGUGAUUGGUGCCGGCGUCGCUGGCUUGAGCGCGAUUGCCACGGCCCGGCGAAUGGGGGCGAUUGUCCGUGGUUUUGACACGAGGUCUGCUGCUCGUGAACAGGUUCAGUCUCUCGGAGCCGAAUUCAUCGAGGUCUCACUCGAGGAAGAUGGUUCUGGAGCCGGAGGCUACGCGAAAGAGAUGUCCCCAGAGUUCAUCGCCGCUGAAAUGAAGUUGUUUACUGAACAGGCUCGAGAAGUUGACAUCAUCAUCACCACUGCUCUCAUUCCAGGAAAGCCUGCGCCGAAGCUCAUCACAAAGUCUAUGGUUGAGAUCAUGAAGCCUGGUUCUGUCAUCGUAGAUCUGGCGGCCGAAGCUGGAGGCAACGUAGAGAAGACCGUGCCGGGUAAAUUGGUUACAUAUAAGGAUGUCAGAAUCAUUGGUUACACUGAUCUACCUUCGAGGCUCCCAACUCAAUCUUCAACGCUCUAUUCGAACAACAUAGUGAAGUUCCUGUUAUCCAUGGCACCAAAGGACAAGUCGUACGGAGUUGACCUGUCAGACGAGGUCGUUCGUGGUGCAAUUGUAACUCUUCGUGGCGAAGCCUUACCGCCAGCUCCAAGGCCUGCCCCUCCCCCUCCCCCAGCAGCCAAACCUACGGCGAAGGUGGCAGAAGUGGUUGCCUUGACUCCUUUGCAAAAGACCACGCGCGAAGUUACAGGCGUCACGCUCGGUAUGGGAACGGCAUUGGCUCUGGGGAAAGCAACCGGGCCGCUUUUCAUGACAAAUGCGUUCACCUUUGCUCUGGCUUCGUUGAUCGGUUAUCGUGUAGUGUGGGGAGUGUCACCCGCUCUUCAUUCUCCUCUGAUGAGUGUUACUAAUGCCAUAUCUGGAAUGGUCGGCGUUGGCGGACUCUUCGUGAUGGGGGGAGGCUAUGUACCCGAAACAUUUCCCCAGGUACUUGGUGCGGCAUCUGUCUUGCUGGCCUUUGUCAAUGUUUCCGGUGGAUUCGUCCUGACCAAGCGCAUGCUGGACAUGUUCAAACGUCCUACCGACCCACCUGAGUACCCGUGGCUUUAUGCGAUCCCGGCCGCACUCUUCGGCGGUGGUUUUCUGGCUGCUGCGUCCACUGGUGCUGCAGGGUUGGUUCAGGCCGGCUACCUUGUCAGCUCUGUGCUUUGCAUCAGCUCUAUCUCCGGUCUAGCAUCUCAAGCCACGGCUCGGAUGGGCAACUUGCUUGGCAUACUAGGUGUUGGCUCCGGCAUACUUGCGUCACUACUAGCAGUUGGCUUUACCCCAGAAGUUCUGACACAAUUUGGUGCUCUUGCCACGAUUGGAUCAGUGAUUGGAUUUGUGAUUGGUAGGCGAAUCAUACCGACGGAUCUACCGCAGACAGUUGCCGCGCUGCAUUCCGUGGUUGGCCUGGCUGCAGUGCUCACUAGUAUCGGCAGCGUUAUGGCUGAUUUGUCUCAUGUCACCACUCUACAUCUUGUCACCGCAUAUCUAGGUGUACUCAUCGGCGGUAUCACCUUUACAGGUUCCAUCGUCGCCUUCAUGAAGCUUGCGGGGAAGAUGUCUUCUCGGCCUCUUCGUCUGCCAGGGCGGCACAUUUUGAAUUCUGGAAUGUUGGCAACCAACGUAGCGACCAUGGGGGCGUUCGUUACCAUGGCCCCAGGAUCUCCGAUGAUUGCUGCCAUAGCGCUCAGUGCGAACACCAUCCUAUCAUUCGCGAAGGGCUUCACAACCACGGCAGGCAUCGGUGGUGCGGACAUGCCAGUUGUCAUCACCGUCCUGAAUGCCUAUAGCGGUUUCGCCCUUGUCGCAGAAGGCUUUAUGCUGGACAAUCCUCUGCUCACGUCAGUAGGUGCGUUGAUCGGCGUAUCUGGUUCCAUCCUUUCGUACAUCAUGUGCGUCGCCAUGAAUCGAUCCUUGACAAACGUUUUGUUUGGAGGCAUAUCAGCGCCUGCAGAGACCGAAUUCAAGGUCGAAGGCGUGGUCACGCAGACGAAUGUCGAAGAUACUGCGGAAGCCUUGACAAACGCGGAGAGCGUCAUCAUAGUCGUCGGCUACGGCAUGGCGGUGGCGAAAGCCCAAUACCCCUUAAGCGAGAUAGUCAACACAUUACGAGCAAAGAACAUCAACGUUCGGUUCGCCAUCCAUCCUGUUGCAGGUCGCAUGCCUGGCCAAUGUAACGUUCUGCUGGCUGAAGCGAGCGUACCAUAUGACAUCGUCCUGGAAAUGGAUGAGAUCAAUGACGACUUUCCCGACACGGAUCUUGUGCUGGUGAUUGGCGCCAACGAUACGGUCAAUCCCAUAGCACUUGAGCCGGGUAGUCCAAUUGCCGGCAUGCCAGUGCUGCACGCUUGGAAAGCGAAGCAGGUCAUUGUGAUGAAGCGGGGUAUGGCUUCUGGCUAUGCCGACGUGCCCAACCCAAUGUUCUAUAUGCCCGGAACCAAGAUGUUGUUCGGAGACGCCAAGAUGACAUGCGACGCCAUCAAAGCCGCUAUCGAAUCUCGAAACUAG